AUGGAUCGCCGCCAUCCGCUUGCACAAAAAGAGCUGGAAGCGCUUAUUGAAGAUAUUGAAGAAAUCUCUGAUUCGGAACCAUUUUCUGCUGAAUCCAGUGACAAUUAUGAACCAGAUUCCGAUGAAGAAGCAGGCAGUGAUACGUCCGAUAUGUCUAACUCAGACAUCCAUUUUGCGCCUUCACCACAGGUAACUGUUGGUAGAAACCAAGUUCUUGACUGGGUUACUCCUGAUGAAACAUUUGAGCCUGCUAAAAUCCUUCCUCCUGAAAGAGAAUGUAAGCUGGCUCCCGAUAUCACAAAGCAGUUGACACCUAUGCAGAUUUUUCAUAAAGUAUUUCCCCAUUCUCUUUAUUUGCACAUUGAAAAUUGUACGAAUGAACUCCUAAAAAUCAUAAACCAAUUAAAAAGGAGGAAUGAGAACAUGACUGACAAAGGAGAAAUACAGAAGUUAAUUGGCUGCAUGUUCAAUAUGUGCUACAAUCGCCUUCCAAGCCUAAAAAUUAUUGGAGUAAAAAGGAGUCAAUGA